ACGAACAUAUAAAAACAGCAGAAAAGGACACGGAUGCCGGUAUUUCGUGAAAAGGUUGUGCAACAAGAAACCACAUCGAAUUGGUACUUCUAUAAGAUCAAGAAAUCUCUCGGUCCGGAAGAGGAAGUGCGCCGGUGCCAGUGUACACAUUGUGAUAACAAGUCCGAAGACAACUGCAGAGCGACAACUGCCAAGUAUGAAAACAAAUUUGGACAAAUUCAACGGCCUCUGGUCGUUGUUGCAGAGCCGAGUGUUGUUGUUCGGGAGCUCAACGCACUAUGGGGCCCAGCUCGUGUUGCCAAGCCGCAACAGAACCAGCCGGAAGCAGACAGCGGAGGUGCUCCGGGCAGAGGUGCGUGCCCGUGGAGCAGUGUAACCAGGCAGGGUUGCCAGAAAAUUCGUGAUAUUAAGCUGGUAUACACCUGUGCCGUCUGAGCUGUGAUAUAACUGUUGUUAUUGUUUGGAUGUUAUGGUAGG